CUCGAGUCGUCGGAGUAGGGUGAAUUGCACGAUAAACAAGGACGGCUCUUGGCUGUGCUCGUCAGUGUGAUCGCCGAUCGCAUACAGAGUGUUGUAAAAACUGUGGCGAUUGCUGUGGUGUGGUGAGUGGUCAGUCGUACUGGUGGUGUCGGCUGCCAAUACAAGUGUCGCGCAACGCAACUCCGGCACUGCUGCUGGCGAGCGAGCUUACGCACGUAACGAGUAAUCCAGUAUAAAACGUCAGUUCUGGAUUCAUCGCCAUAUCGUGCAUCGGACGCACGUUCGUCGCACUUCUCAACGGGACUGUCUGCUUUCGUAGUCAUCGUCGUCGUCGAUUGCUAGUUUCUUUUGAAGUGUUUUCUUAAAAACAUUCAUAUAAUAUAUAGUCAUAGUCACAAUAUGGGCCUGUGAUUGAUUCAGGUUGAAAGUGAAAUAACAUGUUCCCUGCAUUAUGCUCAUCAAAACAAGCAGAACAACUCGAGAAAGUAUAAAAGAUUGAGUGAAGAUGAAUAGUGAAGCAAGGGUGGAUGCAAUUUCUACUGCUUCAAUUAUAAAUUCCAGCACAAUAUCUAGUAUAUCAAAUAUGAUGAUGGAAGAUCCAGAAAAGCCAGUAACGCCAAUAUUUUUACAAACACAGGCAGCAAAAGGUUUGGCAGGAGCCUUUGUGUGGGCAGCAUUAUUUAUAAGUUGUCAACAAAUUUAUCAGCAUCUAAGGUGGUAUACUAACGCUGCUGAGCAGCGUUGGAUAGUACGUAUCCUCUUUAUAGUGCCCAUCUAUGCUACCUACUCCUGGAUUUCUCUGCUAUUCUUCAACAAUGAGAGUUAUUAUGUAUAUUUCUUCACUGUACGAGACUGCUAUGAAGCCUUUGUUAUUUACAAUUUCCUCUCAUUAUGCUACGAGUAUCUUGGUGGUGAGGGAAACAUCAUGUCUGAAAUACGAGGAAAGCCCAUUCGGUCCAGCUGCAUUUAUGGUACCUACUGUCUAGCUGGCAAGACAUAUACCAUUGGAUUCCUGAGAUUCUGCAAGCAAGCAACACUUCAGUUUUGCUUUGUCAAGCCACUCAUGGCGUUUAUAAUCAUAUUCCUGCAAGCUUUUGGCCACUAUCGAGACGGUGAUUGGUCGCCUGAUGGUGGCUACGUAUACAUAACGUGCAUUUACAACAUUAGCGUCACGUUGGCGCUUUAUGGACUGUUUCUAUUUUAUUUCGCCACCAGAGAUCUUUUGACGCCGUUCGAUCCCGUGCUCAAAUUUUGCACUGUUAAAAGCGUCAUUUUCUUGUCGUUCUGGCAAGGAGUUUUAUUGGCAGUACUGGAAAAGGCCCAAGUGAUUUCGCCCGUGAUAAAUAGUCUCGGGCAAUCUACGUCUGCUGGUACAGUAUCGGCUGGUUACCAAAAUUUCCUAAUCUGCAUAGAGAUGCUGUUUGCCGCUGUUGCGCUACGUUACGCUUUCCCGUAUCAAAUUUACGCGGCUGGUUGCAGAACUGAUUCGCGUGGCCGCAGCGUAACUAUGCAGAGUAUCAGCAGUAGCCUCAAGGAAACCAUGAAUCCAAAGGACAUAAUGACUGAUGCCAUUCACAAUUUUCAUCCUCAAUAUCAGCAGUACACGCAAUACAGUUCUGGAGGUAGUACGAAAAACCAACGAGGCAUGAGAGUUUCAAGCUACGAUCCCGAUGACCCGCAAAACAUGCCUGUUCCACCGCCCCAAAGGCGUACACAUCAAAAUGCACAACAAAAGCCAGUCCCGACCAUAUCGCAGAAUUACAACGAGAAGACGAUGCUCUUGAGCAGUGACGACGAAUUUCAGUAGAGUUAAAAAAAUAACAAUGAUAUAAAACCAAAGAAUUGAGCUGGUAAACAUGCGCAAUUGAUCAUAUUACCGUAUAUAGGAUGACUGCUUCAAUACCCGGCCACAUCUAAAAUUUGAUCAUAAAUAAUCUUUUAAAUUAUUGAAAUUAUAAGUUGAUAAUUAUUACUUAUUUACAAGGAGAACUUCUGACCUAUUAACACUCCAUGCAUAGUAAAGAUUUUCAAAUAAAAAAGAAAUUAUUUAUAAAAUGAUCCCUAAGACCUAUUAGAUUAAAAUAAGUACAUGGAGGUUCAUUAUCGAGUACUAUAGUAUCCAGAAGAAUUUUGUCAAGCAUCAUUCAUCUGGGGGGGAGAAGGUUUCCUUGUAAUUCUUCUCUUUUUUGUUCUAUAAAGUAUUUCUAAAAUGGUACAAUAAACGUAUCUUGAAGUGGAAAGUGAAUAGAUAUUUGUUUCAUUGGAUUUUUGUCACAAUUCAUUACCGGCUAGUUUCUAAUUUGAAUUAACCACGAUGAAAAUUAUUUUUAUAAAGUUGUACAAUUCCAAAUAAAUUUAAAAGUAAUUUAAAAUUUUUUUGUGAAUGUGACAAAUUUUAUUGUUCAAGCUAUUAUAUGAAAAAAUGGCCUGUGAUUUUAAAUCAGUAUGUUUUAUGUGACUAGUUAUCGGUACAGUCACCCUAUGAAAUUGCUUGAAUAAAUUUCAGCUAUCAUAGCUGUGUAAGAUGAAAAUGUUACAUGUAUAUAUGUAUACAUUGAGAUGAAACUUGUUAAUAUUUUCAUCUGUGCACAGAUAAAAAAAUAUGCUUCGACGAAUAAGAUUUUGAUACGAAGAUUAAUCAGGGAUGGGCCUUUUUUAUACUGUCCCGAAAAAAAUACGUAGACAAGAAUGAUGCUAAUAUUAAAUCUAUUUUUUUACUUGUAACAUAUAUGAUGAUUAUCAUUUUUCGUUCGUUUGUGGUUGCGAAGCAUUGGAUAAAAAAACAUAAUUUCUAGUGCAAUAGCUAGAACCUCAGAAGAAACAAGAGUUGUUGAGUUUUCUCUCCUUGUAAGUACUAUCGUCAUAAAUCAUAAUAUUGAAAGAAAAUAAAUGAAAAGACCAAUGUUCCCACUUCCCAGUGAUGUUAAAAAAUAUAAGACACGACAUUUGUUUAUCUUUCUCACUAAGAUCUACACUUGAUUACAUAUUAUUAAUUUACAAAAAAAAAAAUAUUGUUACAUAAUCUAUAUUGAUCCAUCAAAUAAAGAUUUAUUUUUUAAAAAUUACUAACUGUUUCUUCGUCCACGGUUUUUAUGUUACUCGUUCUAAGAGUGAUAUGAAAAUCGACGGCUUGAACUUUUUAUGUUUUUUAAUGAAGUACUUGAAAAGAGGAAAAAAUGACACGAAUCAAUUGUAAAUCUCAAUAAUAAUAUUUCAUGUAAAACCAUCAAUAGUUUCAGAAAAAAAAAUUAAACGGAUGAUUUUUUAACAUAUUUAACAUGUUAUUCAAUAUUUUAAAUUUUACAAGUAAAAAAUAAGCCUAAAGUUACUGCAACUGUCCGCUAAUUUUUAAGAAAUUGAUAAGCACAAAACCUUAAGUACGUCGAAAAUCUAAACUUCUACAAAUUCAACGAUUGCUCGAGGUAGUUGGCCAGUAAACUUAAAUGUUUCCAAUACCGGUCAAAUUUUGGGUGGUCAUUCUUUGGAAAAGUAACAUAAAUCAACAACGAUAAUUUCAAUAAAAAUCAAAAUUUAAGUUCUCAAGAACGAGCUUUUCAGGCAUGAUGAUUUUGACGCGGACUUUUAUGAAAAGCUCGUGAAUUUACGUAAAAUUUUUUUUAAAAACUAGAUAUCGUUUCUGAUCACAUUCUUAAAAAUUAAAAGUCGACGCGAUUGUUACAAAGAUAUUUCAAAAAUAGAGACAGAUUUUAUGAUUUUUCAAAGAUGCCUAUAGAAAAACUAAACGAAAAUUUUGGUCAAGGUAUGCAUUUUAUAGAUAAAAAUAUGAAGUGAGUUAAGUGAGUUUCACUGGCCAACUAUAUUAAUUGAAUCCUUGUAAAUUUAAAAUGAGAAAAAGGCUUAUGACGUUGUUUAUGUGUUCCUUAACGUUAGUAUAUUACAUUAUAUUAUAUAUAUUAUAUAUUCUGAGUGAAUGUUAUGAAAAUAAAAAAAAUCAUUGCUGUG